AUGGGCUUAACCCCGAUCAAGUUACCGUACCAGUCGGCCAAAAAUCGAUUGUUUGGCGUACAACCCCGGAUGUCAUCCAGCUUUCAGCAAAUACCGACUUUCAACAUAAACGACCCGUACAGUCAUGAUCGGCAGCCGAAUCGACGGACCGCCAGACGGAAUGGGUUACCUAUCAACAUGCUCGUCUCCCAGCAAAAGAGGAUCAGCAACAGUCGACUAGCGGUCAUCAUAUUUGGCGUUGUAGCUUUACUAGCUGGACUAAUACUGUCUUCAGUUCCAUGGGUUCAUUAUAUAAUUUUAAAGAACUUGAAAAUAUGGAAUGGCACUUUAAGUUAUCACUACUGGCAAAAACCCGGCGUAUUAAGACUGACAAAAGUAUUCAUAUUCAAUGUCACCAAUCCCGAUGGCUUCUUAUAUAACGGUGAGAAGCCAAAACUUCAAGAAAUUGGUCCAUUUGUUUAUAGAGAAAACAUGGAAAAAGUUAACAUUCGUUUUAAUAACAACGGUACGGUGACGUACCAACACAAAAAAAUUUUAGAAUUCAUGCCACAUCUUUCAGUUAUCAAAAAUGAUGAAAUCAAACUAACUGUGCCAAAUAUUCCCUUAUUAACAUUGACUACACAAGCAAAUAGUUUACCAUCAAUAUUAAAAAGUUCACUUUCGGCAAUUUUAAGGUUUUCUAGUUUAACACCGUUUAAACAUGUUACCCCCCAACAAUUAGUUUUUGGUUAUGACGAUCCAUUAACUUCUCUAGCAAACUCAUAUUAUCCAAAAGGGAAAAGACCACCCAAACAAAUGGGACUUUUCUUAAUGCGAAACGGCACACUAGACGAAGUUUCCACGAUAUAUACGGGUCAUAAUGGAAUGGAGAACUUUGGACUUCUCGAUCGUGUAAAUGGAAUGGAAGAGUUACCGUUUUGGAAAGGAUCUUGUAAUUCUAUUAAAGCAUCUGAAGGUUCAUUUUUCCCUCCAAGAGAAUUUACUAAGUCUGAUUUAGUACACGUGUAUGACAAAGAUUUAUGCCGAGUAUGGGCACUUCGGUACCGAAAAGAUGUAGUUAAAGACGGUAUUAAAGCAGGAUACUAUACGCCUGAUGACAACCUUCUCGAAACUGUUGAUAAAAAUCCUGAUAAUGCAUGUUUCUGCGAAGACAACACUGACUGCACAGUCAAAGGGUUACAGUACAUUGGGCCUUGUCAAUUUAAUGCUCCAGUUUACUUAUCUUUUCCUCAUUUCUACAAAGCUGAUCCAAAACUUUUGGAAGAUGUAGAGGGUCUUUCACCAGAUCAAGAAAAACAUGAAACCUUUUUAAAAAUUCAACCCAGACUGGGAGUACCGUUAGAAGCCCGUGUGAAGGUCCAGCUCAAUUUAAAAGUCGAACAAUCCAAUAUUUACCCGACGUCCAACUUCAGAAGCAUUACAUUUCCAAUUAUGUGGCUUGAAGAGGGCGUGAGCGACUUGCCGGAAAACAUUCAUCGCUGGAUAUACAUGGCCACUACAUUCGUAGACACGGCUGUGCCGUUGUUCACAUACGGACUUAUCCUCGGCGGUGCAUUAGUGCUGGUCGCAGUGUUUGUCCGCACAUAUCACCAAAUUGUAUUUUCACGGGAAAACAUCGAACGUGGCAGACGAAGCAUUCUGCGAAGGGGCAGCAGUAUGCUGGUCAACGGCCAACAUCGGUUACUGAUUGUCCGUGAAUCUUACCAUCGGAUAAGCAACACCGUGCAGGAAACGGACGUGGACGCACAACAGCUUCUAUCGUGA